AUGAUCAUUCCCACUCUUGGGACCGGCCUUUUCAUCGGUGCCGGCCAAGCGCUGGCCGUCGGUGGUCCAGCAGCACUCGUUGGCUCAUAUGUCUUCAUUUCCAUUCUGAUGUACUGCCUGGCGACCGCCGUGGCUGAAGUGGCAGCUCAUCAGCCUCGUACCUUUGGCACCAUGAUUACACAUGGGUAUCAGUACAGUUCAGGCCACCUCGGAUUCGCCCUAGCAUAUCUGCGGUGGUAUUCGCUGGCCUUACUGGUACCUUUCGAAGUCACCACCGCGAUGGUCAGCCUUGGUCAAUGGGAUCCAGCACCCUCGGUUGCCGUAAGGGUCACAGCAGUCACCCUUGCAAUCUUCCUUUUCAACAUGCUUCCGGAACGAGAAUUCAUGCGAAGCGAGAUCUUAUUCACCGGCUUGAAACUUUUUACCACUAUUGGUUUCAUAAUUGUCUCCAUCUACAUGGCGAUUCGUGGUAUGCCCGGCACAUCAAUCCGAGGUUUUCGUUAUUGGCAUGAGCCUGGUCCAUUGAGUGAAUACCUGGUUUCCGGACAUGGGGGCCGCGCCCUGGGCUUCCUCCAGUGCCUUCUUUACAUAGUGAUUGCUUUCUCCUUCAUCCCAGAACUGAUCGUGCAGAGAGCCGAGCGCCGCGAUUCGGAGACACCCUCAAGCAUCCUCCGGUCAACACGACUUUCAAGCCUUCUCCUUUUCACCCUCUACACUCUCAGUGCCUUCAUGAUGACCUUCAUGAGUCCUUUUGACGAGCCUCUUUUGACAAAUAAUGGCCUCGGUGCCGGGGCUUCACCUUUCGUCGUGGGCAUCGAUCGGGCUGGCAUUCGUGCGCUUUCUACACUUGCUAGGGCGUUGAUCUGCAUUUCAUCUUUGGCCUCUGGGCGCUCCUUCCUCUACCACUCGUCCCGCACCCUCUGUGCUUUGGCUGAGACUGGCCAUGCUCCCACACUGUUCACAGCCCGCAACCGACUGAGUGUCCCAUAUGUGGCUGUCAUCGCCUCUGCCUUGUUCUCAAUCUUUGGGUACCUCUCGGUAUCAGUAUCCAGCUCUUCUGUACACAAUUCGCUGAUGUAUUUUAUCACGACGUCGGGCUCGAUCUCUUGGCUGGGUGCUUGUCUCGUCUACAUUCGAUUCCGACGACAGACAUCCGAAGAGGGCUUCGUGCAAGUAUACCAGUCCAGCAUUCAACCCUACGGGGCGUAUCUGAGCAUUGCGGGUUGCGCCGCGCUGCCUCUCGCCAAUUGCCUCCUGAUGGCCUUUCCAUCGCCACCCGCCGAUGAAGCCCCUGCUCUAUCCGGACUGAAGAUCCGCAACGCAGUCCCCGUAUACAUAAGUAUUGGCACUUUCUGGAUGCUUUACUUGAGCCACCGAUUCCGAACUUCCUUGACUCAGGGAUUCACCUCAUUUCGCACUGUACCCAUUGAUCAAGGGCAGAACAAAGUCGGCGCCAGCUCAGCCGAGUCAUCUGGGCAACGCGUGUGGUGGGAGAUGGCACGGCCCAGAAAGGAGUCUUCUGCUCACCCCGUUGAGGCCGGGCCGACGAUGGGACCAUGAGGUCAUGGAUGAGA